AUGGCGAGCAACGGGCACAUCGCUGAGAAGGACCCGCUCAACUGGGGCGCUGCAGCGGCCGAGCUCACCGGCAGCCACCUCGACGAGGUCAAGCGCAUGGUGGCGCUGUUCCGCGAGCCUGUCGUCAAGAUCGUUGGCGCCGGCCUCAGCGUCGGCCAGGUGGCUGCCGUCGCCCGGGGAAAGGAUGCUUCCGGCGUCACCGUGGAGCUCGAUGAAGAGGCGCGGCCCCGGGUGAAGGCAUGCAGCGAGUGGAUCGUGGACUCCGUGAUCAACGGAGGCGACUUCUACGGGGUCACUACAGGCUUCGGCGGCACCUCCCACCGUCGCACCAAGGACGGCCACGCCCUCCAAGUUGAGCUCGUCAGGCAUCUGAUUGCUGGCAUAUUCGGCAUCGGCAGCGAGCACGAGCUGCCAUCGGAGGUAACACGUGCGUCCAUGCUCGUGCGCAUCAACACACUACUCCAAGGCUAUUCUGGUAUACGUUUCGAGAUUUUGGAGGCCCUCACGAAGCUCAUCAACAAGGGAGUAAACCCGAGGAUCCCACUCCGGGGCAGCAUCACUGCGUGUGGCGAUGUGGUCCCGCUUGCUUAUAUCGCCGGUGUCCUCACCGGACGCCCCAACGCGCAGGCUAUUACCGUUGACGGCAGGAAGGUGGAUGCUGCGGAGGCAUUCGAGAUCGCUGGGAUAGAUGGGGGAUUCUUUAAGCUGAACCCCAAGGAGGGGCUCGCAAUUGCCAACGGCACGGCCGUGGGCUCCGCCCUUGCAGCCAUGGUGUUGUACGACUGCAAUGUCCUCGCCGUCCUAUCUGAGAUUUUGUCCGCGGUGUUCUGUGAGGUUAUGUACGGCAAGCCCGAGUACGCCGACCACCUGAUCCACAAACUGAAGCAUCACCCAGGCUCGAUCGAGGCCGCUGCUAUCAUGGAGCACAUCCUGGCUGGCAGCCUCUUCAUGAUCCAUGCAAAGAAGGUGAACAAUUUGGACCCGCUCCUCAAGCCGAAGCAGGAUAGGUACGCGUUGCGGACGGCGCCGCAGUGGCUCGGCCCGCAGAUCGAGGUCAUUCGGGCAGCUACAAAGUCCAUUGAGCGCGAGGUGAACUCCGUUAAUGAUAACCCUGUCAUUGACCUCCAGCGUGGCAAGGUGUUGCAUUGCGGUAAUUUCCAGGGAACACCGAUCGGCGUGUCCAUGGACAACACCCGUCUUGCCAUCGCCAACAUUGGAAAGCUCAUGUUCGCGCAGUUCUCAGAGCUGGUGAAUGAGUUCUACAACAAUGGGCUGACGUCUAACCUGGCUGGGAGCCGCAACCCGAGCUUGGACUACGGUCUCAAGGGCACAGAGAUCGCCAUGGCGUCGUACUGCUCUGAGCUCCAGUACCUUGCCAACCCAGUGACCACCCAUGUCCAGAGCGCGGAGCAGCACAACCAGGGGGUGAACUCUCUCGGUCUUAUCUCCGCCAGGAAGACCGCGGAAGCGGUGGACAUGCUAAAGCUCAUGUGUGCGACGUACAUGGUGGCGCUUUGCCAGGCGGUCGACCUCCGCCACCUAGAGGAGAACAUAAAGAGUUCUGUUGUCAAGUGUGUGGCACAGAUUGCCGAGAAGGUGCUCGACGCACCCGACAGCGAGAGGAAGCUCAUGGCCUCCAUUGAUCGUGUGGCCGUGUUCAGCUACGCCGAUGACCCGUGCUGCGACCACUACCCACUAAUGCAGAAGCUGCGCAGCGUGCUCCUUGAGCAUGCCCUCGUUAGCAGGUGCAACGACGAAGAAGUGUUGUCAAAGAUCAGCAAGUUGCAAGACGAGCUUGGGUCGGAGCUGCCACGUGAGAUUGAGGCUGCGCGCACGGCCGUGGAGAAGGGCACCGCGCCGAUCCCCAACCUGAUCAAGGGGAGCAGGUCGUUCCCACUCUACCAGUUUGUUCGUGAGGAACUCGGUUGCGUGUUCCUGACCGGGGAGAAGCUCCUGGGGCCCGGCGAAGAGUGUGACAAGGUGUUCGUGGGGAUCAGCCAGGGCAGGCACAUAGACCCCAUGCUCGAGUGCCUUAAGGAGUGGAACGGCGAGCCUCUGCCCAUCAACUAA